AUGGAUCAAACAAAAUACCAAAGACGCCCUGAACUUCCAGAACAUCUCAAACUCACAGCACCCUGGAUACCACCCCCAAAGCCGACACUCCAGACCUGUCCCCUUCUUGAAAACCACAGAGAAGCGGCCUCCUGCAGCUACAACGGCCCAGCAGGGAGCUGCCCUCUCUGGACUGCCUGGGUGACAGGGACCCCAACUGAGUGUACUGUAUCAUUUUUUAAGGGUACACUGGUUGGGAGAAUUUGCUGUGUUUUGAUAACUAUGUUUGGGCCAAUUACCAUUCGACAAGAUAAAACUCAAGACCAUGAGCAUCAUCACCUUCACCCACCUAACACAAAAGAUUUCUUAAACAUUUCAGAAGUGGAACGCAUGGAGCUCAGUAAAAGUAUCUGUAUUUACUCUACCAUCCUUGUAGAACCCAAUGAUGAGUAUUAUUGGGCUGUACUGAAAGAGACUUGGGCCAAACACUGUGACAAAACAGAGCGCUACAGUACUAAAAAUGAUGGUUUGUUUAAGAUAAAAAAUGACAUGUGGACACAGAUAAGGAAAAGGUACAAAUAUGUCUUUGGGAAGCACGGCAACAACGACAACUGGUUCUUUCCUCCACAUCCCACUACAUUUACUGUCAUUGAAAAAAAGUAUCUUCUGUUUACUAGGGAUGCAUCACAACCUUUCUAUCUGGGCCACACUAUAACAUCUGGUGACCUUGAAUAUGUGACUAUGGGAGAAGAAAUUGUUUUAAGUAUAGCUAUGAAAAGACUUAACAGACUUCUGAAUAAGUCUGAAAAGUGUGCAGAUCAAAGUGUGAUUUGGAAGUUAUCUGAAGAUAAGCAACUGGCAGUCUGCCUGAAAUAUGCAGGAGUUCUUGCAGAAAAUGCAGAGGAUUCCGAAGGAAGAACUCUAUUUAUAAAUACAACUGCAUGUCUUAUUCAAGAGACAAUGUCUAGUAACCCUCAGCAAGUAGCAGAAGCCUGCUGUUCAGAUAUGGCUAUUACUUUUAAUGGACUGACUCCCGAGAAGAUGAGAUGGAUGAUGGAUGGUGUGUGCCAGCUCAGGGCAUUUGGACAUUAUUUCAAUGACACACUGAUUUUCUUGCCUUCAAAUGGUUCAGAAAAUGACAGAGGGCCGGGAAAUAAUAGGACUGUGUUGUCCAGGAGUGCUUGA